AUGGCGACUGUCCUCAUAACAAAAGUCAGUCAGAAUUAACAGUGAGACCACAGUCACCACCAACCAUCUCGAGUAUUCAAAACCAUGAGAAGAAAAAUGGGACAAAGUGAAUCUGUCUGCAACAAUGGACACUACCAUCCUACUGAGGCUGAUGCAGAGAGGUGCAACAACCGAAGGAGAUCUCGCUGUGCCUCGGGUCACUGGCAUAAAAACGGCAAUGAAGCUUCUGAGUGUGAUGAGCGUGAAGGAAGACGUUGUGUAUCAUUUGGCAAUGGCGGAAAAGUCCAUUACAAUGAGUUUGCUGUCGGUAAAACCCCAAAGGUUCGCCAAGCAUUAAGGAACUGGGACGUCUCCAGAGCUUUACAGUACCCGUAUUAGCUACCAACCAAAUGGAAAAUGGAAGAUGUCACUAUCAAUGUUGUACAUGUAACCGGCAAACUUGCAUAGUUAAAAACAUUACACGUUUUUAAAAAACUGAUUUGAAGUAAAUAUUAUGAAGAUUUCGAAGAUACAGACCAAUUCAAAAGAAGAACUCUACUUAAUACUUUACUUGUACAUGCUGAAAGCCUUUAAGUCAUGGUUUAACCACGAGAGAAAAAAGGUAAAGCAUGUUGGCGUGUCACUUCAUGGUUUCCACGAAAGCCUGUAUGUUAACUGUAAGCGUUUAUCAUUAAAAGCUACAAUCUAAGAAGUUUUGUUG